GAGGAAAAGAGAGAGGGAAUGAGGAAGAGGGAGAGAGAGGGUGAGGAAGAGUGAGUGAAUGAGUACAGAGGAUGAAGUGCUAAAUUACUUAGGGGUCUUGUCCAGCAGCCUUGGAACCUGAAAAGCAAAGCUGCUCACAGGAGAGAAAGAGGGAUAAAGAGAGAGAGGAGUAGAAGGCAAGAGGAAGAAAGGUAUAUUUUCCCUGCCAGAAUUGGUGUCUGGCCAUAGAUCAGCGGGUCUUAACAGAACUUUGCUAUAUUAAGCACUGCAGGUAAUCUUACUCUGUUGUAUCGACCCGUCACUGCUGUGUUUCGCCAGUGUGUGUGUGUCCCUUCUGAUCUACUCGUUUGCAGCUGAUAGGGUUUUUAUGGGCCGUGUCAGGCGAGAGCGGCUAGUGAGCUACUGCCCCGACAGACACACUGAAACACACACACACACACCACAGACUCACACACUCUCAGUGCCAUUGCAGGCAGUAGAGUAGGUUUCUAGUCCGACACAUGCUAACACACACAGACACAUGAGGGUAGGCCCCUCGAUGCAGUGAGUGUCUGUGUCAAGAGACAAUCACAUUCUGAGGUUUUAUGUUGAUUCUCCAUGGUGCUCAAAGAUGAAGAACUGGACUUAAGUGCUAUGCUACAUUCAUUGGCAUGCUGAUGUGCUCAGAAAGCAUUUUUCAGAACACGUGCCGCAUACUUGAUCACAAAAACCCUUUUGAUUCUCUCUAUUGGAAAGUGGCAGUCAUUUCUGUGGAUUGAAAGUCAUCAAAUGUUGUAAGACUGACAGCAUAGACACAAAAAACUCUGAAUAUCACUCCAUCAGUGUGCUGGGUUAGAGUCUUCGAGGGAUAUCCCCCUUUGAUCUUCAACCGCUCCUCUCCUCUCGCUUCUCUCCUCUCGCUCCUCUCCUCUGUCUUGUAGAUGAAGGCGUUUAUUGCGCAGUGUCUGCCGCACUGCCUGACAAUGACAGGAGGAAAUAAAACAGGGCAGACGGACAGACAACGGACACUGAGAGGGAAAGAAAGAGGAGAGCGUGUUUUGGAGCGAGAGACUGAUAAUACGGAGAAAAGGAGAAUGAACCACAGUUGUUGUUCAGACUGAAUCACACCGGAGAGUUGGUCUCUGAUUGGUCAGAAUCACACAGGACUUGUUAGAGAAACACUGAAAUAACAUUAAACAUCUCAGAUCCAUGAUGGAGCUGGUCCCUAAAACUAAGUACACUCACUUCCGGAGUGAAUCUCUCAGUUCGAAUGACGAUACCAACUCCAAUCCCUCCUCCCUCCCACCUUCCACCCCCGCAACCCCCCUCACCCCUCCUGGGCUACCCUCCUCCCUGUCCUCCUCCUCUCUCACCCCCAUCCUCCCCCCUUCCCGCCGCCGAGCCGAGAACAGCCCCACCACGCUCUGCUCCUUCUUCCCCAGGAUGGGAGCCCUUCGCCUGGGCGUCUCUGCCACUCUACUCCCAGGCCUCAAGGCCUCCAGCAGGCCUCAGCAGGCUCAAGCCCCCAUGGAGUCUUCAGGGGUUAACAGUUCCAGUUCCAGAUCUCCCCCUCCUCACCCCCCUCACUGUCUAACAGCCCCUUCUCCCCCCCCUCGUCCCCCUUUGCAGGAUAUGAACCGGCUGGGCGGGGCGUCCAGGAGGGCGCGGGUGGAGGGGGGGCAGCUGGGGGGAGAUGAGUGGACGCGCCACGGGUCCUUCGUCAACAAGCCCACCAGAGGAUGGCUACACUCAGACCACGUGGUCAGCACCACUGGGGUUGCCUACUCUGUACGGUAUAUGGGCUGUGUGGAGGUGCUACAGUCUAUGAGGGCGCUGGACUUCAACACCAGAACUCAGGUCACCAGAGAGGCUAUCUCAGUGGUGUGUGAGGCAGUGCCCGGAGCCAAAGGAGCCCAACGCAGGAGAAAGCCGUCGUCUCGCUGUAUGACGUCCAUUCUGGGGAAAAGAAACCUGCAGUUUGCUGGGAUGACCAUCAGCCUGACGGUCUCUACCAUAAGCCUCAACCUGCUGGCCUCUGACUGCAAACAGAUAAUCGCCAAUCAUCACAUGCACUCCAUCUCUUUCGCUUCUGGAGGAGACCCAGACACAGCAGAGUAUGUAGCAUACGUGGCCAAAGACCCAGUCAACCAGAGAGCGUGUCAUAUCCUGGAGUGUUCGGAGGGCUUGGCCCAGGAUGUCAUCAGUACGAUAGGACAGGCCUUCGAACUACGCUUCAAACAGUACCUGAAGAACCCCCCCAAAUUGGUCACCCCCCAUGACAGGAUGGCUCCGUUUGACAGCUCAGCGUGGGAGGAAGAGGAAGAUGAGGGAGCACCGCCCUCUGCAGAGGUUCCGUACUAUAAUAACUUCCCCGGGAAACAACCUCCUCCUGGAGGACUGGUGGACAUGAGGGGCCGUCCCGGGGCUACCCUGCCCUAUGGACAGCCGGGUCAGAAUGAUAUUCACAAGCAGCCGCUGCCCCCUCUACCAAUGGGAGCAAAGGAGGGAGGGCGGGACCUGUGUGAUGACCCUUCAUACGUCAAUGUGGAUAAACCCCGCCCACCAGCAGCUGCAGCCAAUGGCAACGCUCACAGAGAUGCGUUCGAUAUGAAGCCGUUUGAUGAUUCCCUGGGUGUAUCAGGUCUGGGGGUCUCAGCGGCACCCCCUCUGGUGGAACAGCUGCAGUGCGAGGCCUGGUUCCACGGCAGCCUGAGUCGCAGGCAGGCUGAGAGACUGCUGACCCGCGACGGAGACUUCCUGGUCCGAGAGUCAGGCACCACCCCUGGACAGUACGUCCUCACUGGACAACAGGGGGGUCAGCCCAAACACCUACUACUGGUCGACCCAGAGGGAGUGGUACGUACCAAAGACCACCACUUUGAGAGUGUGAGCCACCUGAUCAGUUACCACAUGGACAACAGACUGCCCAUAGUAUCAGCAGGCAGUGAGGUGUGUCUGCAACAACCAGUGGAGCACAGGGCCUGAACAUACACACACACACACGCACACACUCAUACAGCAAUGCAACACAUACACACUCUCAGCAACACUACACACAUAAGCAGUGCGGAAUACACAUACUGUACACACACACUCACACACUGACCACAUUAAGGAAAGCCAAAAAAACACACCUCUCUCACUCUUUCUGCCAAAUCAAUUGCUCGCUGCUUUUUCUCACACCCUCCUGGACGACACACUGUGACCUCCAUGAUCCCUCCUUCUGUUCAUCUUUCCAUCAUCGAGGUCCACUCCCUCCAUCCCUCCAAAGAGCGAGGGAGUAAUACUGAGGAACACCUCUUUUCUUUUUUUUCUUUUUUUAAAAAGUGGGACAGAAAUGAAUACAAUUUAGUACAAAACUGAGCAUUAUUAAUAAAAUCAUGCCAUAGAAUCAUUCAAAAAUGAUACAAUCAUAGUAAAGGAGGACUGUGGACCUUGUGUGGAGUGAAACGUAGAGAAAGGAGUGGAGUGAUGGAGGGAGAGGUCUUGAUCCAGAUAUGGCAGAGGAAACAUUUUCUCUCACCGUCACAGAAGCACUCCAAAGACUUGUCUGAUGAUUGGAAUCAUCAGAGAGCUCAGACGUGGACCCUCCAAUCAAAUAUCAGUGGAACACAGGAACAGCCAAUCAAAUAUCAGUGGAACACCAGAAUAACCAAUCAUGACUGAGAUCAGGCCUCCUGUUAAAUAUGCAUAGACAGUUUUGUAUCCACACAAAUCAGGGCCCUCGCUCACCCUCUAGCCACUCCCAUUUAAAGACCUUUCAUCUUUGACCAUUGACCCACUGAGUGAUACCUGGUAAUGUCACGGAGGAUGUUCCUGUAUGCAAAAAGGGGGUUGCUAUGCCAACAACCAUUUGUCUCCGUCUGUCCAAAUAUGGACAGGGUUUCUUUCCUGCCUCUGAGGGCGGAGUUUGAUAAAAAGGAUGUGAUUCAUGUCCAUCCGACAUCAGCCUGUCUGUCUGCAUGUGACUGGUCUCCCUUUCUGUCUGCAUGUGACUGGUCUCCCUGUCUGUCUGCAUGGGACUGGUCUCACCUUUCUGCUCUGAUCAUGACAAAUAAAGUGGACUGGGGCAGCAGAAACCAUGGAGAUGACUAACAUACAGUGUGUUAGUCUGUAUAUCUGUCAUGUGUACUUUCGUUGGGAGUAUAGUGUCUUUACAGAGAGAGGGAUGGAGAGAGGACUGGGAAGGGGGCAGCAGGCAUGGGGGAGGAUCCACAUCUAGAUAUGAUGUCAUCAGACCUAGACACGAUGUCAUCUAAAAGAGCUCAAAGCCAAUUCUACGAUGAUGUCACAGUCAACGCAAAUGCGGCUGUCACAAUUUAAUCGGUGCAUUGUUGGAAUCGUAGUUCAGAUUAAUGCCAAUAUUUUCUUGCUUUUCAAUGGAUUUGUUGUUUAUCUGUUUGCCUUGACAAUCUAUUCCCUUGUCUCUGUUGUCUGGACUGGUGGGGACGAGGAGGGUGGGGGGUGGAGAGGUUGAGGGGGAUACUGGACGAAGUGUGUUUAAUGCCGAAAGCAUUCGGUCCAGAGCAUUCAAAGCAAUGAUCUCCUCUCCAAAUGUGCUGCAACACUUUGUCAGGAGAUUAGCUUUUAGCAUUAGCAUUAGUGUGUGAUGUGUUUCUUCUCAGCUCACUCCAGGGAAAACUGUUAUCAGCGCUGUUCACAGCGAAAUCUGGGAGAUUCGCAAACGUUGGUCAGACGUUGGACUUUGACGUGUUGUUGUUUUCCUUGAAUUAGAGGAUAGUAGAAGGAGAAAAAGUGGAGGAAUCAUCCUCUCCUCUCCCUCCUCCCUCCUUCUCUUCAUUAUGUUUUUUGUAUCUUUUACUCGUGCCUUGUUUCUUCGAUGCAGUUGCCUCACUCCAAUGCAGUCAGUCACCUUAUGUACUUAUGUACUGUGCUUAUUGUACAGUCAAUUGAUGUACUUAAUCCAAAUGUAGUGGACUGUUGGAUCCUGUCACAUGGUCUCUCAGGCCAUUAAAGACUCUGCAAAAAGGACACUCACCGACUCUCACCACCCAGGUCCAGUGAUGGCAAUCUGCUCCUCUGAUGCACAUUCAUUCUUACUUCUUGUUGUCACGGUUGCUCGAUGUCGUAGCUCUCAUUGGAGGGAUUUCCACCCCACCUGUAAAUAACAUCAGAUCUGAUUGGUCGUCUUGAGUUCUUGGUUCUGAAAUGAAAGUCUUUAUUGUUUAGAUGUUUUUAAUAACGUGGGUGGGACAGAACCAGAUACUAUAUUUCACGUGUAAUACCCACCGAAUACAUUUCUCUCUGAAUCCAAUUCAUUUUGAUUCUAGCCAAUGAACCCUGUCCAGGUCUUUGAGGGAGGCUGAAACCAAACUGUAACAUGGAAGUGAAGAGUAAACUGGUAUCUGCCACCUGCUGUACAAAAUAUGUAUGUCUCAUUAGUAGGGUUGCAAAAUCCUGGUUGGAGGAUUCAUGGAAUUCCUGCUUAUUCGCUCAUGUAAUUAUAGGAUUAUUCUAACCAGGAUUUCUGAAAAACCGGGGAAUUUGGGGAAAGUUAUCAGAAUUUUGCAACUCUACUCAUGAGACAAGAUUCUCUGAGCCUGGACAGGUAAUUGUUUUAUUGAUCUUUCUCAUCAUGCUUCAGUAGUCUGUGUGUUGUGUUGUGUGAGAGGAUGUGUGGAUGAUCAGAGUUUAUGGUUGGGAGUGUAGGGGAUUGUGUAGUUCUUACAUGGUGGUACGUGUGCUCUGUGAUUGUGUGAGGCCUUUGCUUCAUUCUGUCAGAGAUCUGUCACACACACAGGAGGGACAGCUGUGUUACACACUGACUGUUCAAGUGACUAUAGGUCCUGGAUAGGCAACAAGAAAACGAGUCCAUAUGAGCCCCGAACUGUGUGUGACGUGUGUGUGUGUGUGUGUGUGUGUGUGUGUGUGUGUGUCUAAAAGGAAUCAUCUAUCCUCUCUACAUCAUUUGUGAAGCAUUCUAGCAUUGUCAUUUUCUCAUUGUUCAUCACAGUUGCCUUUGUUGCAUGGAAAUCCUUUUUACAGUUUCUAUAUUGUUGUUGCUGUUUUGAUGUACUUUUUAAUUUGUGUUUUGAAAGCCAAAUGGUUCUUUUCAAUUAGCCUGCACAAAUAUUGAUUUAAUUUUUUACUUUUUACAGUUCUGUUUUAAUACUCUUGUUGUUCUAAAAAUACAUCUGUUUACACCUGUAUCUGAAAAUAUAGAUUGCAUAUAUAAAUGCAUAUAUCAUUAAUCUUUAUUGGUGAGUUUGGUUUUAAAUGCAGUUUCUGUAUUUACUCUUUGGUCUCCUGUGAUGUUUCUUACAUUUUGAUUCAUAACUAUUAAAUAGAACAUAUCCCCUUUA